AUGAAGUUCGGCGAGACUCUGUACCAGAGGUCGGUGCCAAAAUGGGCUGCGUACAAUUUUAAAUACAAUGAAAUAAAACACCUCAUCAAGAAUAAAACCUCCGCCGGCGUAGCUGUUCCUGUCGAUAUCCCCACGCAAGGAAAGAGUCGUUGGGAAGAGCUGGACAAUCAGCUGUUCAAGGUCUUGCAAGCCGAAUAUGACAAUGUCACCCUCUUUCUUCGAAGCAAGCAGGGCGAGAUUGAACGACGCCUGGCCCACCUCGAAAAGCAGAUUCGUACAGCACAACGCGCAGUCGAAGACCAUGCUUUCGAUAAGCCAAUCAUGCAAGCUCGCAAGUACCAACAGCUGGUCCGGGAUACAGAAGACAUUGGAGAUGAGAUACAAAACCUGUCCCGCUUUGCCGCUGUCCAGAAGACCGCCUUCCGCAAGAUUUUGAAGAAGUACCGUAAAUGGACCGGAUCGACCUCGUUGCAGACUCGGCUGGACGUGGAGGUCUUCUCUUCCAAAAAGCUGCAGACGGAUUUCUCUGACUACCUUCAGCAACUGGCGGAACAAUCCGCCAUCUUGACGGAAGAACUCGCCGGUCCGAUGCUGACUGGACGCCCUCGAGAACGUUCGGCGGAUAGGCAACAGAAACGCAUUUCCGCUUCUGCAAAGAGGUCCGCGGUGACUCAAAUUAACGAUGCCGUCCUCCGGGGUCCUCUUGCGUUUGAUGCUGCGGUAUUGACAGUGCCCUAUGGGGAGGCCGCCGGCAGCGCCUUCUAUUGGAUUCACCCGGACAACCUGGACGAGGCCCGGACACUGCUUCUGAGACAUAUGCGUGAUGGCUCUGUCCCUUCAACACCAUCACGAAGAGAUUCUGGAAACUGGGACGGUACCCGAAAACGGCUUAUGUCUUUCUCCGGCCCCAGCUCGGCCCUCGUGCAUAUGGUUGUCUUUGACAAUGCACACCGGUUCGUCAAAGAUUUCGGCACGUCGAGGCCCUCACAAAUCGCGCUGAGUGGCCACUGGAGCUACAACCCGGAAGCUGUCGUGACUCUGGCCGGACUUUCGCCCACGUCGUCCGGUGGUACCAUUCUCACCCUCGACCGCAAGGACCUGGCAGGCGCUCUUCAACGCGAAUCUUUGGCGUCCAAUGUCUCCAACGAAAUUCGCGCCAUCCAGCACUACCUCACAGAACAUCGAGACGUCAAACCCUUGGCCGAGGUCUGCACCAAUCGCACCCGAUACGUCGGACUGACCAAUACGGCCGAAGUCGCAAAUUGGGCCACACUCGACACCUCCGUCACCGUCAUGCCCGUGGAUAUGCAGCAGCUUGGCCGGCGACGCUUUCCCAUACGCUAUUCUCAUAUCCGCUGGGAAUUUGCUCGCACGCCUGCCGUUGUUCGAGCCUUUGACGAGUCACAUCUAGUAGAAAGGGUCUACGACUUUACGCUGGAGGGUAUGGCCAUUCACACGGCUCAGAAGGACCUUCCUCCGGCAUCAUGGCACCCUCUUCUGGAGAAAGACAUUAGGAAGGUACCCAUAGUCCCUCGCGUGUCCCGGCCCGGAACAGCGAAUCGCACCCGGGUGAGCGCUUCUGACGUGGCUGGCACCUCUUCAGGACCGUCUUCUAGCGAUGGCCCCACCGACAGUGUCUUUUCGGUGGCCGCCCGUGGAUAUUCUUCUGUGACCUCAGAUGACAUCGGGGUCACCGGUGAAGCCUCUCUUCAGAUGGCAUCAAAGGGUGCACCGAAUAAGAAUCGAAGGCGAAAACGUGCACGAAUCAAGGUUCCCGAAAGGGAUCCCACUCCUAUUAGGUACUGGAACGAAUUCGACGACGGAGACUCAGAUGCGAACCCAGAAGAGGGAUAUGCUAUCUAUGUCGAUCCCAACGAGCCUGCCUUUCCAGGUGCUGAAACAGUGUCCAAGGCUUUCGGGGUCAUGUACAACAGCCUAUGCAAAGGCACCAGUAGAGUCUUGUCUUGGUUACCUCUUGCCUCCGCACCAACGGGCCAAAAGUCCUCAUCAGAGCGAACACCUUUGCUCGCUGAUCAGCAAACCGGCGAUGGCGAUCCAGAGUCAUCAGAUUCGGAUACCGACGAGUUGAUCGUGCCACAACCCCAUAAACAUAAGAAAAGUCGGCCCAACUCAUAUUCUUCGAAAACACCGGGAUCCUUGCCCCACCGUCCUCACCAGUUACUCAGCCCCCGUCAACGGUCCCUGGAAAGAACCCUCUUUUUCUUUUACAGUGGCCUCCUCGUCAUCUCUUACAUAUUGCUUGGCAUGUCAGCAAUUUUGCUUGGGACAGGUCGUAAGAAGGCUUUUAUCGAAGUUGAUGCGGGGGUCCUCGGUGGAGUUAUCACCGCCGAGAUAUGUGCUGUCACUGCCAUGAUCCUGAUUCUUAUGAGGAAGCAGAUAUUGAGUGUAGUACACUGGGGGAUUGUUGCGGUUGCUGUCGCAAGUGUCGUGGUUGUUGGUGUGGCGCAGUUGGCCCUCAUGUUCGCGGGGGCUAAAAGUUCGACAGGCGGAAAAGUGGAUGUCGACCCCCACAAGGGAAUGAAAAGUUUCUUCGGUUUGUGA